UUUCGACUUCUGUCUUGCUUUACCAAAUUAACUCUCUUCCAUGGCAGUACCGAUCUCCAAACCAGCAUUGUUCUUCUUCUUCCUCUCGUUGCUGAUAAAACCCUCGUCGGUUGCUCGAGCGCAGAGCUGGUGCGUGGCUCGGAGCGACGCGAGUUACCAGGCACUGCAGACCGCACUCGACUAUGCGUGCGGCUCCGGCGCCGAUUGUGGCCCUAUACAGUCCGAUGGGCUUUGUUUUCUUCCGAAUACAAUCCAGGCUCAUGCUUCUUAUGCUUUCAGUAGCUAUUAUCAACGUCGAGCCAUGGCUCCCGGUUCCUGUGACUUUUCAGGCACCGGCACUGUUGCUAAAACUGACCCCAGUUAUGGAUCUUGUAUGUACCCUUCUUCUCAAAGGUCGGCCGGAGGGAUCGCUACACUGGGGUCGGGGUCACGGAACAACCCGAAUGUACCAACGACGACCACGACAAGUGCCCCGAUCACUAGCGGAGAUGGCGGUACCGAGAUAAAUAACGCUGGACUCACCCCUCCAUUUCCCACAACAGAUGAAUCUAAAGCUUCAUUAGAUGGCAUAGUCACCAAAAACUCAAUGUUCAUCAUGAUCUUACUUGUUCUAUCAUUUAUUUUGCACCCAGUUUGGAACUUUUAAACCAUGAUGGGAAGAGGCGUUUUUGUUAGAGGUUGGAGCCUUCUUUCUUAGCUAUUUUAUCGAAUGG